ACUGGAAACUGGAAACUGGAACCAAUUAUUAUCACCAUAACCAGGAUCUUCUAUGACGUUUGAGGACCAUCUCUCUUUCUCUCUCCCUCUCUGUUUCUCUCUUUCUUUUUAUGAAAAUAAGGAGACCACCAUAGAAAUCUCUAACUUAAAAUUUCUCAUUCUGGAGUAUAAAAAAAAAACAAAUAAGGAAACCCACCAUUUUUAACCCAAAACCACGAAUACCCUUCAUGUACUUCUGCUAGAAAUCUUGUCUGCGUUUCAAAAAAUUCUGUGAAGAACUGCAAUACGUUGUGCUUUGUAGGACAUAGAAUUGUCGAUUUGUUCUUGAUAUAGUAUUGGUGUUUUGGUGCCGUGGGGGGUGGUGAAAAUGAUCCCCUACGGCAUAGGAGAAACAAAUGCAAGUGGGUCGUCAAGAUCGAGCGGUGAGAUUGGGGGAGGAGGAGCUGAAGGUGGGGUCGGAAAAGUGAUAUUGAAGAAGGGGCCAUGGACGGCGGCUGAGGACGCAAUCCUGGCGGAGCACGUUAGAACGCACGGUGAAGGAAACUGGAACUCCGUGCAAAAGAUCACCGGGCUGGCUCGGUGCGGCAAGAGCUGCAGGCUCCGGUGGGCUAAUCAUCUCAGGCCGAAUCUCAAGAAGGGCGCCUUUACACCUGAGGAGGAAAGGCUUAUCGCCGAGCUUCAUGCCAAGCUCGGUAAUAAAUGGGCGCGAAUGGCAGCUCAGUUACCGGGAAGAACAGAUAACGAAAUCAAGAAUUACUGGAACACAAGAGUUAAGCGUAGACAACGACAACGUCUUCCUCUUUAUCCUCCCGAUAUCGAACCAACCUACCAACAAGAAGGACAACAGCAACCAUUCUACCAUUGUCAUCAGCAACAACAGCCUCAGCAGCAGCCACACUCACAGCCCAUGACACCGAUCUCUCCGCUCUCCUCCUCCGCACCCACGACUCCAUCUUCGUCUUCUUUCACCUUCCAAACCCAUCUCCUUCCUCAUUCCCCAACUCCCACAACUCCAAAUCCUCCUUCUCCUCUAACUCCUCCUCCUGUGUCUCCAGCUCUUUCUUCGCCCCACAAUUUCCCCACACUCUCUCUUUUUGGAAAUGGCACCAAUUCUCCAUUAUCUACCGCUACCACCCCUACCAGCAACGCGAUCAUCAGCCCCUUCUUCUUCCCACGAGCACCUCCUCUACUCCAAACCCCACUACGCUUGAGGCGUCUGCAACAUGAAACUGCUACUAACACUACUACUACUCCUCCUCUCACUCCUAAUAACAACACUACAAACACUGGCUGUAAUGGAUUCAUGUUACCCUUUUCGUCUUUGAUUAACGAGUCUUCGUUUACCUCACUCGUAACCCGCCACAGUUCAUGUCCUACUACUCCUACUGAUGCAAUUUCCCCACAAUUACCCCUUCUGGGUUCUCCCACUGUUCCUUCCUACUCAUUGAGUAAUAGCCCCUUGACUUUUGGCCCUGGUUCGCCUCAAAUGCUUCGAGGUGGCCAACAACAUAUGGUUCCAACAACAGAUUCGAUCUUUCCAAUGAAAACAGAGCUCCCUUCAAGCCAACUAUUGUCCCAAAAUUCAUUCAGUGAGUGGGCAUUGGAUGCUAAGUUGAAAAAGAACAGCAGAAAGAAGAAGAUGAUGUUGGGGAUACGUCCAUGCAGUACUGGGUUGCUGGAGGAUUUGCUGUCUGAGUCCCAGAAUUUUGGAGGGGAAAGCAGCCAUGAGAAUAUGAAAAGGAGACAUAUUUUGGAGUUGGAAGAAGAUAAGCCUGGAUUGGGUGGGUUUGGUUCCUGGUCUGAUACAACUAGUAUCAGCUUAUCUUCAGACAUAGGAUUUAAACAGAAGGAAGAAGUACCUACCCAGAUAAACACUUUACACGAAGACUUGACCAAAUUAAUCAACGGUGUACCUUCCAUGCGUGUUCCUGAUCAAUGGUACAAUGAUACAGGAGAUCAAAUCUCCAAUGGCCAACAAUCUUCAGUCGUUACAGAUGAUAAUCUGGGAAUUGAUCUGCAACAGAUAGCUUCACUGUUCCCUGUUGACCCUGCAACAGAACCAGGAAGAAACACUGGUUCUUGCUCUUGGGAUAACUUACCUGGGAUUUGCUAAGAAGGGUUUUUACCCUUUACGGGAGGAAGAAGAAGGGACUGAAAUUACCCUCCCAAAAAAAAAAGUUUGUAUGAAAUAUUAUUAGGGUUUCUCAAGACUGAUUG